CCCGGAGCGAGGCAGCCACUGGGGAGAGCGAAGCACGGCGGCUGGAAGCAGCCGGGAUAGAACCGCGAUGUUCCGAAUCGAGGGCCUUGCGCCGAAGCUGGACCCGGAGGAGAUGAAACGGAAGAUGCGCGAGGAUGUGAUCUCUUCCGUACGGAAUUUCCUCAUCUACGUGGCCCUGCUCCGAGUCACUCCUUUUAUCUUAAAGAAAUUGGAUAGCAUAUGAAGAUUGGGCAUCACAUGUGAAUGCAUGAUAUGAAGAACCUGGUUACAGUUUCUACUCCUAUCUGCAAGUGAAUAGGCCCAGAAAGUUGUAAGAGACUCUGAUUGAAUGGACAUAAAAAUUCUACUUGUUAAGAACAAGUUUGGCUCCGGUAACUGACCUUCACAGCUAAAAUAUAAAACUAUUUGGGAAGUAUAAAAAGACGUCUUGUCAUAUUGUGCCCCCUUACGCCUGUGAUAUUCAACCUCUGUGAAUGUUGGUGUAAUCGUAAAUAAUGUCAAAUUUCAUUUUCUAGCAAGUAUUAAUUAUAAGGGAAUUAUGUCUGAAAUGGCACUGUCUUUUCUGUUUUCCUUUUUACUUCUGUCCAGAGUGUAUGGACACAAUCAGUUAUGUUUCAUGAAAGUCAGCAUGUAACCACAAUGACAUUUAAACACAGGACCAUUAGACUAUAUUUUAAAUAAAUGUACCAAUUAAGAAAAA